AUGGCCACUAUUUUGGCAUCUACUGAAUCUCAGAAGAAAACCAUCAGCUUUUCCAUCGACAGCAUUCUUAGCUCUACGUCAUCCAGAGGGACAAAACAGCAGCCUUGGGCAAUGUACCCGCCUGCUUCCGAAGCAAAGACCUUUCCUGUUAUUACUUGUUCGGGGUCAGCUUCCAUUCCCAUCAUGCCGUUCAUUGUUCCUGAAUUCUCUGACAUGCGUACUGAUGACCAACUGUCAGAAUGUAGCGAAAUCAGCGACAAAGUUGCCAACAACAGAGCGUCUCCUGGUUUAUCCGUCAACGACUCUUCAUUUCUUAGUCAAGAAAACAGCCUGGACAACACACUCCAAUCCAGUCAGGGCAGAAGGAAGAAAUCCCGAACGACCUUCACCACCACACAGAUAGACGGCCUUGAGAAACGCUACAGCGAGCAGCGCUAUCUGUCGGUCAGCGAGAGAAGUGAUCUGGCUAUGGAGUUGGAACUAUCCGAUCAACAGGUCAAGACGUGGUUCCAGAACAGACGAAUGAAGGAGAAGAGACAACGACGUAGUGCAGGGAACGCCAGUUCGCCAGAGCUUCCGCAUUUGCCGUCAGGCGGCGCCUUGUCCAGUUCUUCCGGUGUUUGCUAUCCAGGCCAAACUAGAGAACCAAUGGCCAUGCAGUUCUCGGCGAUGUCACAGAAUGAUGUACUGCCCUCAAGUUUGUCGUAUGCUGGGAUGUAUCCAUACCCCAUGGGAUAUCACCCCGUGCCACUAACUCAGCUACGAGCUUCUUACUGA